AUGACAUUCAAGCUGCCGGUCGAACUUCAAAAUGAUUACAUCAAUCCCUACAAUCGGUCACCUACAAGGACAUCUGCGAGACCUCCUCUGAGCCCUUUGAUAGAUGAUAACCCUGUAAUUCCCAAGUAUAAAAUAUUACCUCAGAUGAGUAAAAAGUCAAACUACAACAUGAAGUUGGUUGUGGUGGGCGAUGGUGGGUGUGGAAAAACGUGUCUAUUAGUUAGUUACGCCCAGAACAAGUUCCCCGAGAUAUAUGUGCCAACAAUCUUCGAAAACUACGUGACUAGUGUUCAGGCACCCAAUGGCAAGACAAUUGAGUUGGCGUUGUGGGAUACCGCUGGCCAGGAGGAGUAUGAUCGGUUGCGACCUCUUUCUUACCCUGACUCAGACAUCAUUGUUAUAUGUUUUGCUGUGGACAACUUGACAUCCUUGCAAAAUAUCAAAGACACUUGGUUUCCUGAGGUGAACCACUUUUGUCCGGGUGUGCCUGUGUUGCUUGUGGGAACGAAAUCAGAUUUGGCCCACGAUAUGGACCCAGAUUUGCCUCUUCAGGUGGCCCACGAGAUGGGCGCAAUCGGCUACAUAUCAUGUUCCGCAAAGACCAUGUUUAAUGUUCAGGAAGUAUUUAAUUUUGCUCUUAAUCAUUUCCAAAAGAGCAAAGAAAUGGAGGAGCAGGUGGAAAAAUCGAGACACAGACUAAGCAGAGUGAUGGGAGGCGGUCAUCUGCGAAACCAUCUGAGAGGAAACCUGAAAGGCGGCCAUUCACGCACAGGCAGUAACAAAAGCGGGAAGCAUGGGCAUUUCCCACAUACGUCUGUUGGGCUGAGUGUGCUCUUGGACCUGCCGUUGGUGGAAGACGACUACCAGCGCAACCCAUACCAGCUGAGCCCCAACCCACAGUCGAAGUACAACGAGGACGAAUUUGCAUUUGCGAGACGUAAGAAGAGUAGCCGCAAGUGCACCAUCUUGUAG